AACAACAAGCCUCCUGAUUGGUUGUGACGUCAUGCCGGCCCCUGUGUUUGGAAUGGAAGCCGGAUGUCGGGUGAGCUCGGAGGUCGAACACGAUAACUCUCCCGCAGCUUCUCGCUUUUAACAGCUUGAUAAGAAACGACAUAUUCGAACAUUACUCGUCGCUAUGUUAUUCAAAUUAUUCAGGACGUAAACAUCUGUCCUAAGAGUCAUGAGUCAUUCAAAUGAGGAUGCUGCUACGAAUGGCACCAUGCAGCAAAAGAGGAACAUCCAGAUCAUUGAGUGGGAGGACUUGGACAAAAGGAAGUUCUAUUCUUUUGGGGUGUUCAUUACCUUGAGCAUCAGGGCCACGGUCUACCCGGCCACCCUGAUCCGGACUCGGCUUCAGGUGCAGAGGGGCAAAUCCCUCUACAGCGGCACCUUCGACGCCUUCGUCAAGAUCCUGCGGGCGGAGGGCGUUCGGGGCCUGUACCGUGGCUUCAUGGUGAACACCUUCACCAUCAUCUCUGGCCAGGCUUACAUAACCACCUACGAACUGGUGAGGAAGUAUGUGUCCAACUAUUCUGACGACAACACAGUCAAGUCGCUGGUGGCGGGCGGCGCGGCGUCCUUGGUGGCCCAGAGCAUCACUGUGCCCAUCGACGUGGUGUCGCAGCAGCUGAUGAUGCAAGGCCAGGGGGAGCACCUCAGCCGCUUUCGCCUUCAUUCUAAAUCAGAGACCGGCAAGCCAAAAAGAGUGUUUGGCCAAACCAGAAGCAUUGUGACCCAAAUAUUUGCUGCUGAUGGUUUACCAGGCUUCUACAGGGGAGCCGUUGCUUCUUUACUUACCUACAUCCCAAAUAGCGCCGUCUGGUGGCCGUUCUACCAUUUUUAUGCUGAGCAGCUGUCAAACCUGGCCCCUUCUGACUGUCCUCAUAUUGUCCUCCAAGCCAUGGCUGGGCCACUCGCGGCCGCCACUGCCUCCACUGUCACCAACCCGAUGGAUGUUGUCAGAGCCAGGGUGCAGGUUGAAGGACGCACUUCAAUCAUCGACACAUUCAGGCAGCUGAUCAGGGACGAAGGCGUCUGGGGUUUGACCAAAGGACUGUCGGCCCGCAUCAUUUCUUCCACUCCCACCGCCAUCGUCAUGGUGGUCGGCUACGAGACCCUCAAAAAAGUGAGUUUGCGGCCUGAGCUUGUGGACUCCAGACACUGGUAGAUGCUACUUUGGGACACCGGGACCACGUGCCAUGUGAGAAGAGAAGCUCCAUACAGGACACAAAAACAAAAGUACCUCACUUUUUUUUAAAGUAGACCAAAAUAGACAAGUCAUUGCAGACUGAUUUUUGUUGUUGUUCGGAGAAUGUUUGUGGUUGGUGUCAACUGCUCUACAUCAUCAAGAGAUUCAACAUGGUGGGCCAACAUCAGGUAAGAAGUACCACGACUGCUACUACUUGUACUAUUUUGGCCUUUUUUUUUAUUAUUGUUUUUGCCUUUAUCAAGUAACAUUUGUGAAAUAUAUCUGUCUUGUAGGUAUGUUGUGUAUGUGUUCUAAUUAAUAAUGGAUGACAAAAUGGCAAAUUCCAUGCAACAAUGCAAACCUAAGUAGUGGAGGAACACAACUACCGUAUUUUUCGGAGUAUAAGUUGCUCCGGAGAGUAAGUUGCACCGGCCGAAAAUGCAUAAUAAAGAAGGAAAAAAACAUAUAUAAGUCGCACUGGAAUAUAAGUCGCAUUUUUUGGGGAAAUUUAUUUGAUAAAACCCAACACCAAGAAUAGACAUUUGAAAGGCAAUUUAAAAUAAAUAAAGAAUAGUGAACAACAGGCUGAAUAAGUGUACGUUAUGAGGCAUAAAUAACCAACUGAGAACGUGCCUGGUAUGUUAACGUAACAUAUUAUGGUAAGAGUCAUUCAAAUAACUAUAACAUAUAGAACAUGCUAUACGUUUACCAAACAAUCUGUCACUCCUAAUCGCUAAAUCUCAUGAAAUCUUAUACGUCUAGUCUCCUGCGUGAAUGAGCUAAAUAAUAUUAUUUGAUAUUUUACGGUAAUGUGUUAAUAAUUUCACACAUAAGUCGCUCCAGAGUAGAAGUCGCACCCCCGGCCAAACUAUGAAAAAAACUGCGACUUAUAGUUCGAAAAAUUCGGUUUUAGACUGCGUGCGUGUUCCAGGUUUAACAAGUGCAGUUUUGUUGUGUGUGUUGUACCCUUUUAAGCACAAACUGAAUCCGUACAUUUGUUUUUAAUAAUGUCUUACAAUUUAUUAUGCUUAGUGUUUUUAUUUGGUGUUGGUGUUUCUUUAUAAUGCACCCCCCGCGACCCUGUAAGGGACAAGCGGUAGAAAAUGGAUGGAUGAAUGGAUGGAUGGAAUUAGUUUAGACAUCUAAAUUAAUGCCAUUGUCACCAUGAAUAAGGACAUUUUAUUGGUGGGAUCUUUGUACAGUUUUUGGGGGGUAAUGUGGCAAUUUUGAUGCAACAAACUAUUAAUGAGUAAAAUAUAACCUAUAUUGGGGUAACACUUACGGUGAUGCAGGGAUUUUAUUUGAACUUUGCUUAGAAAAUUUACUGAAAUAAUGUGAAAACUACUUUAAGGAAUUAUGUUGAAAUGCAAUUUACAAGAACAUACAGUGGUACCUUGGUUUUCUUACACCUUGCUUCUCAUACAUGAAAAUCUUCGCCCAAAUGUUGACCUAGUUUUCGUUAAACGUCUGUUAGCACACAACCAAACAUUGUGUGGAAGUCAUUCAGCGGAAUCGAGUGCCAAAACAGAAGUCUCACGGGUCUGCGCUUUUAUUAAUUGAGUACAGCUGCAAAAUAGCAAGCAUGGACUCAAAGAAACUUUUCCAGACCUUUGAUAAAGAAGGUGAGAAACAUUGUUGGAGUGAUGCAAAAAACUGGUGGCAUCCACUCAUCAGUGGUUUAUGGUAAAACUUAUUUUAAAUGUUGAUUUAACCAUUUAAUUAAUCAUUGCCAUGUUUUAUGCAUUGUUUUCGAUAUGUAAAACCAUAAUUAUUCUAUCUAUAAUUUUGGAAAUUUUUGAGUGUCUGGAAUGAACUAUUGGAUUUAAAUUAUUUCUUAUGGGGAAAAAUAUAUACCAGAUUCCAAAGGAAAAUUGAGGUACCACUGUACUUUUAAAUGUUCAUCUUUUGAGCCUUUGCGUGAACUAAUUGUGGGAUUUCACCAUGAGCAAUGUUGGAAAACAAGAAUAUUUAAAGACAAAAUGCACAUGAAGCUAAGAACGGAUAUUAUAGCUACACUUACUAAGUCUUGCAGAUAUUUCAUUUGUACAGAUUUGCUGCGCACUGAAGAGAAAACUCCUGAAAUAUGUUGAACUCCUGAACCUGUCAUGUCUAAUCUUGCUUCAGGACUAAGCAGUUUAUAUCAUGCGUCAUGUCAUGUGACUUCCUGUCCGUGUUCAACUCGUCAAUAAAAAAUUUUAAUGUCUGUUUCCUGCGUUUUGAACCUGCGCGUAUUAAAU